UUACGGGGAAGAAGAAUAUCAGUUCAACGAAUUUACUUGUUAUCUGUCGGAAUUAUGCGUCACAAAGUGAACCACUGUCACACAGUAAAGAUGGCGGAUAGGUUUCUGAUUACAUUAAUUCUGUUUGUGGGAAUAACAGGUGUAGUUGCGGGGUCAUAUUGUAGUUCAUCGUCUGACUCUUCGUAUGGAUGGUUAAGCCAUAAAUAUUGUGAAAAUGGUUGUUGUGGAGAUUCUGACAAUCGAUAUUGUUGUACCGAGUACACAGUGAAUGUUGGAAUGAUCGUUGGUAUUGUGUUAGGGUCAGGAUUUCUUAUAGCAACUAUUGUAACAGUCAUUGUUGUCGUAAUGUGUUGUUGCCGGAAACCUAGAGCGCAACCCGGACAAGUAGUCCAGCCCAUGGUAGCUACAGUUCAAGCGUAUAAUGUACCUGGGCGAAUGGGUACGGGCUCGCCUGUAACAAUAAUGACCACAAACGCAAGGCCUGGGCCUGGUCAGCAGCAGUGGCAACAGCGAAAUCAACCACCGGCACGCUCUGAAAAUGCCUCAAAAUUCUGAAAAUUUUAUGCCAUCGAAUUACGGCACUGAUUGUGCUUAUGAGAUAAUCGGUGAUAUAUAACUAAUAGAAACUUCAUUUUUUUCUGCCCCGUUAUUAUAAAUUAUGCUUAUUAUGUGCUAAAGCGUAUAUGAAUAUAGGCUCAGCACGUUCAUCAUACGCGUUUUUCUUUAUGAAUUAAUACCAAGACACGUUCAGGUAUAAAUGUUACAAAUAAAAUACAGAGACAUCUGCCUUUACGUCUUUGACAGCCCGCCAUCUUGGAGAUGUUUUCACAUUUACGACCUUACAGCUUACAACACAGUGAUUAUGUUAUAUACAUGAUAUAUGCAUUGUGUCACCGCAAAAUGUCCGCCACCGAAAAAAAAUGAUAAAGUUCUAAGUGAUUUAGAAUGACUAUUUAUCUGUUAAGUAAUCAUAUUUUGUUCUAGAAUACUUUAGAACAUUACCUGCUAUAUAAAAUAUAUGUAAUAUCGGACCAUGUAGGUCACACUUGCCGACAACUUCCGAGUUUUAUUUGUUCGUGGUUUGUUUUUAUGUCCAUUAUAGAUCAAUUCACUUAAAUUAAAGAGACUCUAAAGGUU